AUCCAGCCACCGCGGCGCUCUCCCAGCAGCGGAGGACCCAGGAUUACCCCUUCGGCGAGACGGAUGGAAACCGAGCCCCCUGGAGGACCUGCCCCUGCAGUUCUGCCGCACACGGCUCAAGUCACCACCGUGAACAAGGGACCCUAAAGAAUGGCCGAGCCUUGGGGGAACGAGUUGGCGUCCGCAGCUGCCAGGGGGGACCUACAGCAACUUACUAGUUUGUUGCAAAAUAAUGUAAACGUCAAUGCGCAAAAUGGAUUUGGAAGGACUGCGCUGCAGGUUAUGAAACUUGGAAAUCCCGAGAUAGCCCGGAGACUACUACUGAGAGGUGCUAAUCCUGAUUUGAAAGACCGAACUGGCUUCGCUGUCAUUCAUGAUGCGGCCAGAGCAGGUUUCCUGGACACUUUACAGACUUUACUGGAGUUUCAAGCUGAUGUUAACAUCGAGGAUAAUGAAGGGAACCUGCCCUUGCACUUGGCUGCCAAAGAAGGCCACCUCCCGGUGGUGGAGUUCCUGGUGAAGCACACGGCCAGCAAUGUGGGUCAUCGGAACCAUAAGGGGGACACCGCCUGCGAUUUGGCCAGGCUCUAUGGGAGAAACGAGGUUGUUAGCCUGAUGCAGGCAAAUGGGGCUGGGGGAGCCAUAAAUCUUCAAUAAAUGUGGGAAGGGCUCCCCCACAUUGCCUCUACUUUAUCAGUUAAUUGGGUGGCUAUCCUGACUUAUAAUGUCCUUUGUUAAAAUACAGUUCUGUCAUAUUUUAAGCAGCCAAAUUUCCUGAAACUGCAUAAGUGAAAAUCUUACAACAGGUUUAUGAAUAUAUUUAAGCAACAUCUUUUUCACCUGUAAAAUCUGUUCUAACAUGUAAUUGCAAAUAGCUUUGACUGUCUUCUGAAUAUUUUAUCUUUCCUUGGCUUUUUCCUUGCUUCCCCUUUUGCCAAUCUGAACACCCAACUUGAAGAUUUUGUUUUUAAAAUGGUUUGUCCUGAUGCUUCUUUUGCCUAAUUAAAACUCUUUCAAAACAGGA